CUUCUCUUGUUGGAGCUCUUUCGUCUGACUGGCAUGGCCAGCUGUACCAGUGGGGCUCAAAUCAUCGAAAUUGGGUGGGGGAGAGGAGGGAAUGUGGAUGAAUCUCCUCCCUGUUUCUGUUGGCUGUGGAGCAGAGCUGUCUUCUCCUCCAGCAGUAAACACCCUCGCCUUCUCUGGUCACGUGCAGCAGGAAUUCUCCCUCAUCUGCCUCCACCGGCUCCCACUCCUCCUGGAACCUCUCCUGCUCCUCCGAGACAAACUGAUCGAAUCGACUGGAGGAGAGGUCCCCUG